AAAAAAAGUUAGUUUAUAUACCUCGGAUCCGGUAAUAUGGGAAAGUUUAUAGUUAAGCAAGUUAACUAAUCACCACAAACCCCUCUAAAAACCGUCACAACUAAUAUUAUUACCUAUUCUUAUCCGAAUAACCGUUCCCAUUAAUUCAUUUAAUUAAAUUGAUUUCUUUUUUGUCUGAAAUUUUGAUAUUGAAACGUUUUGCUAUUAUAUAAUUUUUUUACACACACACACACACAUUGUUUUCUUGAUAAAUCAAAAAGACAACCGAUGGUUAUUGUUUUACUAAACCCGAUUAGCAAACUUACAAGGUUUUAACACACUAAGAUUAUUAAAUCGUCCUCGUUUAUUAAAUCUUCGUCUUUUUUCGAGGUUCGAAAAUGAUGAAUCCGGAAACCGUGAGGACUAUCGUUGGGAUCAUAGGUUUGUGUUUUUUUUUAAAUUUUUUUUUCUGUCCGACAUUUAUCAAGAUUUGGAAAGAGAAAUCGGUUCAAUCAUUCAAACCGGACCCUUACAUUGCCACGGUGCUCAACUGCGCAAUGUGGGUGUUUUACGGCAUGCCCUUUGUUCAUCCCGAUAGUCUUCUCGUCGCCACCAUCAACGGCGUCGGUUUCUUCAUCGAAAUCGCCUAUCUCACAAUCUUCUUCACCUUCUCCGAUUGGCCCAAACGCCGCAAGAUUUUAAUUGCCCUAUUUAUAGAGACAAUUUUCUUUUGUGUGGUGGUGGCAAUAACCAUGGUAUUUCUACAUGGAACUAAGACGAGGUCUUUGUUUAUUGGGAUUUUGUGUAUUAUUUUCAAUAUUUUGAUGUACGCAUCUCCUUUGACGGUGAUGAAACGUGUGAUCAAGACUAAAAGUGUUAAAUUCAUGCCGUUUUAUCUAUCACUUGCCAACUUGCUAAACGGCGCCGUGUGGUCUGUCUACGCCUCCGUCAAACUCGAUCUCAACGUCUUGAUUCCAAAUGGUUUGGGUACUCUAUCUGGAUUAGUGCAAGUGGUGUUAUAUGCAACUUAUUACAAACGGGACGAUGACGUCAGCACCCAACCAGCCGUUGAACUUCAGCGCCCAACUGCAUGA